AUGGUUGAUGAAGCACGUGACAUAUCAAUGAAGAAGCAAAUGGCCUUGGUGGUAAGGUAUGUCAACAAAUCUGGUAGUGUGAUUGAGCAAUUUUUAGGGGUUGAACAUGUUACUGAUACUAGUGCUUUGACUCUUAAAGCAACUAUUAAUGAUUUUUUUUCUCGAUAUGGAUUGAGUGUCUCUAAAUUACGAGGUCAAGGUUAUGAUGGAGCUAGUAAUAUGAGAGGUGAUACACGUUGGAGCUCUCAUUACAACACUUUGUUGAGUUUGAUCCAUAUGUUUGAUGCAGUAAUUGAUGUAGUUGAAGUUAUUGGUCGCGAUGCUUCAAGUACAAAUCAUCGGAUUGAAGCACAAGAUAUUGUUGAUAGGUUUUUGUCAUUUGACUUCGUAUUGAGACUAUUUUUGAUGAAAAAUGUAUUGACAAUCACAAAUGAGCUAUCUCAAACACUUCAAAGGAAAGAUCAAGAUAUUGUAAAUGCAAUGAGAUUAAAUGUAACCAUAUUUUAUAAGAAACACAAAGUUGAUGUUCCUCAAAUGAAUGUUAAAUAUGUUGCUCGAGGACGAAGAAGACGAAAUGAAGAAGAAAUGUCAAACCUACAUCAUUAUAAGUUUGAAACGUUUUACACUAUUUUGGAUAUGCAACUUGGAGAAUUAAAUGCUCGAUUCUCUAAUUCAACAAUGGAAUUGCUUGUGUGCAUUGCUUGCCUUGAUCCAUCUAACUCAUUCUCUCACUUUGACAAGGACAAAUUACUUCGUCUUGUUGAAUUUUAUCUACAAGACUUCACCGAACUUGACAAAUGCAAGCUCAAUGAUCAAUUGGAUACUUACAUAGUUGAUAUGAGCUUAAGCAGUGAAUUUCAGGGGUUGAAUGGAAUUAGUGAUCUUGCUCGCAAAAUGGUAGAAACCAGGAGAAACAAGGUGUAUCCUUUGGUUUACCUGAUUUUGACUUUGGCAUUAAUGUUGUCGGUUGCUACUACUACAAUCGAGAGGGCAUUUUCGGCUAUGAGUAUCAUAAAGAGUAGAUUGCGCAGUCGGAUGAGAGAUGAGUGGUUGAGUGAUGCUUUUAAGAGUUUGAUUUAUGCUAUCUAG